CAUCAAAACCGCGCACCUGGCCUGUCACUCUGCAGAUAUUGGGCCCCAACUUUACAGCGUUUCGCGAACUCCUCCCCCCUCCUCCCUCUGGGUCCUGACAGAUCCACCCCUCUCUGCAGCAAACCGGCCCACUGUCGUGGCAACUGUAGUGAUCCGAUAAUCAGUAGUUGUUAUAUCAACAUCAUCCCUUGAAACCUCUCUUGUCUCUCUGUCUUCUUCUCUUUCUCACUCUCUGCCGCUUACCUCUACCCAUAACCCAUAGUCCUCUCUUUCCCCCUCGACCACUACCACGAAAGGAAAGAAGAAGAAAAAACAUCGAUUCAUCAUGGCCGGACUCGUCGAAAGGCUGAAAGCCUCUGGAGGCACCGAAUCUGCGGGAUUCCUCAACGAUAUUAUCGAGCAGCUGUGGCCCAACAUCAACGUCGCCGGGUGCAAGAUGGUCAAGGACAUCGUGGAGCCCAUGUUCGCCACGAUGCUCCCGGGCCCGCUGUCGUCCCUCAAGUUCGUCAAGCUCGAUCUCGGCCACGUCCCCAUGCGCGUCUCCGAGGUGGAUGUCCACAAGGUCGACAACGGCGGCAUCAAGCUCGACAUGGACGUGACGUGGGAGGGCAAGAGCGACAUUGAGCUCGAUGGGAAGAUGGUCCCCAAGCUGGGAAUAGAACAUGUUCAUCUGAAGGGCAGGCUCUCGAUCCUUCUCGCCCCCUUGAUCGACGCCAUUCCCCUGAUUGGCGCGGCACAGGUUGCCUUCAUCAAUCCCCCCGAGCUGAAGCUCGACUUCACCAACGCGGCCAACAUCGCCGACUGGGCCCUCGUGGACAAGGCGGUGCGCAAGGUCAUCAUCAGCAUCAUCUCGUCCAUGGCCGUCCUGCCCAACCGCUACCUCGUCAAGCUCGACAGCAACAACGACUACUUCAAGACCUACCUGCCGCACCUGGGCGCCCUGCGGCUCACCGUCGAGAGGGCCGUCGGCAUCAGCGGGCCCAAGAAGAGCGGCGCCAAGCGGCUGCUGGCCAAGAUCGUCAAGGACGUGCCCGACUGCUACUGCAAGGUGGUCGUCGGCGCCGAGGACGAGUGGCGCACGUCGACCAAGAAGAACGACACGGACCCGGAGUGGAACGAGACGCACGACUUCCUCGUCGCGGACCACGACCAGCGCAUCUCCAUCGACGUCCAGGACGACGACCUCGGCGGCGACGACGACAUCGGCGUCGCGUCCACCACCGUCCGCGAGAUCCUCCUCGGCGGUGGUUCGCAGCAGCUCGACCUCACGCACAAGGGCGAGCCCACCGACGCCAAGGUCGUCGUCCACGCGCGCUUCUUCAACUUCGUCGAGGACGCCGGCGCCAUCACGGCGACGCGCAGCGAGAACCAGGACCAGAUCGUCGGCCUCGCCACGGUGCUCGUCGCCAGCGCCCUCGGCCUCCAGGGCCAGCGCGACGAGCUGAACCCCAGCAUCAAGGUCAGCUGGGGCGCCAAGGAGUUCCGCACGGCGGCCAAGUCGUACAGCCCGGGCACCGACAUCUUCAACCCGUCCUUCGACCAGGCCUUCCGCAUCCCCGUGACGGCCGACCUGCUGGCCAACCCGGCCGGCUUCCGGAUCGCGCUGCUGAACAAGGCCGACGAGACGGGUGCCGUCGAGAUACCCUUCGAGGACGUCCUGGCGGCGCCGGGCCUCGUCAAGGAGGAGAGCUUCGAUGUGGGUUCUGGGGCGACGGUUAGGGCGAGCAUCUCCCUCCGCGGGCUGCAGCCGGCUCACUGAGAACGACGUAGCCAUGUUGGUGGUGGGUGUUUGUUGGGUUGGAGGUUACCAUGUAACAUUAUACGAUAUAUACGAAUGAAUGAUACUGACAAC